UUUUUCUAAACCUGCAGGUUCUGUAUGUGUUUUUCAAAACUGCAAGAAGGGUUCAGCUUAACAACUCAUUAGAGUUUCAUCAAGAAAGAAACUAAUUCAGAUUGAGUUGUCUUCUCUAAUUACUCAGGAUUAUAAAUGAGGUGAUUUCAAACUUUUGCUACUCCUAAUUGUAUCAAAUUGAGAUUUUUACUCCAAAGAAAACUACAAACUAUGGAGUACUCAUUCUAAGAUGCACCACAAAGAAAAUCAAAAUCAUUAACUUUUAAGAAACUCUAAAACGUCUCCCACUGAGUCACUCAAGUGUGUUUUCCACCUAUCUAACCAAAAUUUUCCUCUCUUUAACAGGGACGUUACAUUUCCUUCCUAGAUCCGAUUAACAUGUCAACAUCUCGAAUCAAAUCAUGCUUCAAAGUGUACCAUGCUCCAACCAUCAAGCAAGAAAGAAUCGGUUUUAAGUCUAGCAAAUGUCAGUACUUUCCCUCACUGCUUCUACCUCAAGUCUUCACAGUUUACGGUAUUUCAGCAAAUCCUUAAUGAAAAGGUUGUGCCCAGCAAACUAUAAAACAACCUUUCCUGAUCAUCCCUUUCACUCAUAUAACUCUUCAAAACCUUUGCAAGUGUUCAAUCAAAAAGUGGGAUGGAAAUCUGCACAUUCCUUGGCAAUAUCAAUUUUGUAGGCUGCAGAUCACUAUUUUCUAGUUCCACCAAGUACAAUCACUAGCAAUCUUCUUAAACAUCACCAAAGCUUCUCUACACCCACUGGUGUACUAGUCGUCAUCAGUCAGCCAAUUCUUCUUAACCUCCUACUUUAAUCUCCUCAUUCCCUUUCACAGCUUCUAUCUGGAAUAAUAGCAAGAACCAAUUCUUGUUAUUUUUGGAGAAACUUGGUAAGAGAAUGAGGGGAACUCAUUGAACAAAGCAAGGUUUUGCAAAGCUUUAUGAAGUUAAGAGCUAAAACUUUUUGGUAAAAUCUUAAAUUUUUAUGAUACCUGGAACAGAGCAGAAAACAAGUAGUGAUUUACAUCCUAGAACAAUUGAAACUGCCAAGUAAUAUGCAGAUUGCACCCCACUAUUGAAACACUAGCAAAGGCUUUGAAAGAAGUCCUUAUGAGUGAAGGAAUCCUCUGCAAAAACUAAAAAGACCUUCUUCAGAAGAUUCAAAGAAACAUUUAAAACUGUUGAUUCAGCUGUAGAGUUGAAUCGCAUUUAGAAUAAGAGAAAUUCAAGCAAACUCUUUUGUUCUGUAGUUUGCUGAGGCACAAGAUCUCCAUUAAAGACUUGCUGAAAGAGACAUUAUGGACUUAAGUUUAUUCCAUAAAGUCAACACAGUUGAGGAAACUCAAGAUAUACAGAAAUUGAUAAGUAACCUCAAAGCCUCUUCUCUAUUGCUUGAUAAUCAUAGCUAAUGCACUUUGAUAUGCAUGACCUGAUUCAAGAUGUCGCCAUAUCAAUCUGUUACAGGAGCAAUCUUGCGUUAAUGAUGAAAAUAUGAAGAUUGACGGGAUAGGGGGACAAGUUAAUGAGAUAUUAAAAUUGAUUCAUUUAU